AUGAGCGACUACAUCGACUUCAGCCAGCCCAGCUUGUGGAAAUACUACAACAAGACCAUCACCAAACUCUUCGGCGGCAACCCACGCUACGGCUGCUACGCCCUCGCCGCGACCAUCUUCUCCCUCGGCAUCGUACGAGACUUCCUGUACGUCUCCCCUCUCCCCUUCACCCGCACAACAGCCAGCCUCCUACAUGCUAACACAUCGCCCCAGCUACGACACCGCCCUCUCCCACCAACCCACGCACCCCGCCCUCCUCACCCCCUCAUCCACCUCGCCGCCAUCCCCCUCUUCCUAACAGGCACAACCCUCGUCCUCUCCUCCAUGUACGCCCUCGGCGUAACAGGCACCUACCUCGGCGACUACUUCGGCAUCCUCAUGGACGCCCCCGUCACGUCUUUCCCCUUCAACGUCUCAGACGCACCCAUGUACCACGGCUCCACGCUUAGCUUCCUCGCCACCGCCAUCUGGAAGGGCAAGCCUGCGGGGAUUUUUCUCACGGUCGUGGUCGCAGUAUGCUAUAGCGUGGCGAGGCGGUGGGAGGAUCCGUUUACGGAGAUGAUUUAUCAGAAGAGGGACGAGGAGAGGAAGAAGGCGGGGGGAAAGGCACAGUAA